UAAUGGUUUCCAUCCCUGAAUACUAUGAAGGAAAGAAUGUCCUCCUGACAGGAGCCACAGGCUUCAUGGGAAAAGUGCUUCUGGAAAAGCUGCUCAGAUCUUGUCCUAAAGUGAAAGCAGUGUAUGUAUUGGUAAGACACAAAGCAGGGCAGGCACCUGAAGCACGAGUAGAAGAAAUUACCAGCUGCAAGCUCUUCGACAGGUUGAGAGACGAGCAGCCAAACUUCAGAGCAAAAAUAAUAGUAAUUACGAGUGAACUUACACAGCCUGAACUGGACCUUAGUGAACCAAUCAAGGAAGAACUUAUAGAAUGCAUUAAUAUUAUAUUUCAUUGUGCUGCUACAGUCAGAUUCAAUGAAACACUAAGAGAUGCUGUUCAGUUAAACGUGACUGCCACACAACAGCUCCUCUUCUUGGCACAGCGAAUGAAGAAUUUGGAAGUGUUCAUGCAUGUUUCGACUGCCUAUGCAUAUUGCAAUCGAAAACAGAUUGAGGAAAUAGUUUAUCCACCUCCUGUUGAUCCCAGGAAACUCAUAGAUUCUCUUGAGUGGAUGGAUGAUGGCCUAGUGAAAGAUAUUACUCCUAAACUGAUAGGCGACAGACCUAAUACUUACAUAUACACAAAAGCCUUAGCCGAAUAUGUAGUACAACAAGAAGGUGCAAAAUUAAACACAGCCAUUAUAAGGCCAUCUAUUGUUGGUGCUAGCUGGAAGGAGCCUUUUCCUGGAUGGAUUGAUAACUUCAAUGGACCUAGUGGUCUCUUCAUUGCUGCAGGAAAAGGAAUUCUUCGAACAAUGAGAGCUUCCAACAGUGCAGUAGCAGAUCUUGUUCCAGUAGAUGUUGUUGUCAAUACGACACUGGCUGCAGCCUGGUAUUCUGGAGUUAAUAGGUAUAACAGACCAAGAAAUGUCAUGGUGUAUAACUGUACAACAGGUGGCACCAAUCCUUUCCACUGGGGUGAAGUUGAAUAUCAUGUAAUUUCUACUUUCAAGAGGAAUCCUCUCGAACAGGCCUUCAGACGGCCCAAUGUAAAUCUAACUUCCAAUCACCUUUUAUAUCACUACUGGAUUGCUGUAAGCCAUAAGGCCCCAGCAUUCCUAUAUGAUAUCUACCUCAGGAUUACUGGAAGAAGCCCAAGGAUGAUGAAAACAAUAACACGUCUUCAUAAGGCCAUGAUGUUAAUAGAAUACUUUACAAGCAAUUCUUGGAUCUGGAAUACUGAAAAUAUGACUAUGCUAAUGAACCAGCUGAACCCCCAAGACAAAAAGACAUUUAAUUUUGACGUUCGACAACUACAUUGGGCAGAAUACAUGGAAAAUUACUGCAUGGGAACGAAGAAAUAUGUGCUGAAUGAAGAAAUGUCUGGCCUCCCUGCAGCUAGGAAACACUUGAAUAAGUUAAGGAAUAUACGCUAUGGCUUCAAUACAGUUCUUGUGAUCCUGAUCUGGCGUAUCUUUAUUGCAAGAUCACAAAUGGCAAGAAAUAUCUGGUACUUUGUGGUUAGUCUGUGUUACAAGUUCCUCUCCUACUUCAGAGCCUCCAGUACUAUGAGAUACUGAAGAAGAGAAUUUAGCAUUAGGACAUCUAUGCAUAUGGUGGUCUAACUGCACAAAGCCUGUAACAUGUAGUCAUCUCACAUUUUGUAAAAGCAUAAUUUCAUCUUAAAUUGGAGUGCGAAAUAUACAGUAUAGUAUAUGUAAUGUUAGUUGUGUAUCUUCCUGGAAACAGAGGAAAAUAAAAUGGUCAAGUGCCAGGGUGAAUUGGCAUUAGACAAGCAUUUAAAUAACUUUAACUCUUUGACCUGGAGAAAACAUUUUAGACCACUGACCAACAUAACUGUGCAAUUUGGAACAAGUUUGUUUGAAAUCUGCCUUAACAUGAUUUUUUUAAGUUUUACUCCACAUUGAGCAAGAUAAAUAUUGACUUAGUAGUUGCUAGUUGCUGUAGACCUAUUUAUUUGAAAUUUUUCUAAAUUACAAAGGGUUAUACAAGUUGCAAAAGUGUAUAAAUGAUGGUGGAUCUCCUGAAAAAAAUUAUUUGAGGACUCUUUAAAUUUGUCUUUACUUUUCGCUACUUCUUCCUUUGUCAAAGUAGGGAUGCAACUAUGGUGCCUACUUUGCUUUAAACGAAAAAAAAUAAACCACCCAACCUUCCUUAAUUACUGAAAGGCCUUUUGUUCAAUCUGAUCUUCAGAAUGCACUUAGUGAUUCAGUUCUGUGCUAAAACUGGCUGUGUCCAACUUGCAUUUAUUUCAGCAUGAACAAUUUGCUUCUCUGAAAGCAGAAUUGAUCCUGUCAUUGAGCAGAUAAAAGGAAAUGUAACCCUGGGGGGGGCAAAAAUAAAGUCAUUGACCGUCCUCUUUUUUUAAUGAUUUUUAUUGAGAACACAGAGCCAGCACUUGAUUGUUACACUUCUGACUUCAAAAGGUAAAUGUAUUUGAAAGGAAUUUAUUAUGCUUAGUUGCUAUUUAUAUUACUGGUAAUAGUAGUUGGGCAAAACUGUAUGCUUUCAUUAAGAGAUAUACCUGUUUUUAAAUUCUAAGCAAUGUUAGCAAAUAAUUCCUGAAUUAAUAAUUUUUUAAAUCUCUGAGCUAUGAAAUUUGAUGCAUGGACACCACCAAUGCAUAAGCAUACUUUCUCAUCCCUGCCCCAGUAAAACCUCUCAUUUCACUGGGCAAGCAGAGCAAGAUGCAUCUUGCUUCAGAAUGAAAGUAUGUUAACAAUUCUUCCAUCUAUCUUUUAACUAAAUUAUUAGGUUUAAAUCUGAAAAAAUCUGUUUUUUCCGCAUGUUACUUUGUUUCAGUAGGGAAAACAUUUGUGAAAAUAGCAAGUUGUAAGAAAAGAUUGAAUCCUUGUUUAAGGCAAUAUGUGAAGAUCCCUUUAAAUUUUGGUUGCACAGAAUUCUAUCUGAGAACACUGUAAUGUUCCUCUAAUUGAUGCACUGACCAGCACCCUUGCCCAGUGUGUGUUCAUUAAAAUCAGUUUAUACUGAUUAAUAUGUUCUUGAAUCUGCUUGGAAAGGCAAAUAAUGACUUAAUCACACAAGAGCUACAUUAUACUUGCCCUUGGUAGUUUUUUGUCCUAUUUGAAUUAAGUAUGUAAAGAACUUAUUUUGCUAUUUUUGUGAAAACUCUUACUUUAAAGAGAGCACCUUUCGUGCAGGUGUAUAUCUCAUUUUGAAAAGAUAAUGGCUUCCUUGCUGAAGCUCAAUAUUCUGUAGUAAGUAGUUAAGCUGUAAUUCCUUUUUAAAACUACCUGUGUAUAUAUAAAGCUAGUGAUGAAAAACCUAAAUGGUCUAGGACCACACCUUGUGUGAGAGACCUCUGACUGUGGCUGAAAAUAAAUUAUGGCUUCGGUGAUUGAAGAUGUUACACUUUAACAA